AUGACUGUCGAAGUCUUCUUUUCUAAUUAUUUGAACGAGCAACUAGGUGUCGGUUCAGACCGAGAACCGACAUGGAAAGAGGGAACCAUCGCGGUGAAACGUGUCACCUUUUUCAUCGGAAACGCAUCUCUAUUGAGAAAGAGCAGCUCGUACGCUGUGCUCGGUUGCGAUAUGUGUAGAAUGCAAUCCGGAAACUAUUUAUAA